AAAAUCGUUCUAUGUUGCUUGUGGUGCGGGAAUUGGGUCGAUUAUGUCAUGGCGGGUUAGAUGUUUUCGGCACUUGAUUCAAUAAGAUUUGUUUUGAAUUACGCCGUCAAUGAUCCCGUCGUGUACUUCAUUGUUUAAAACUACACCUGAUUAUUUAGUAUUGAUCCUUUCGUAAACAAUUCAAAUGCUGAAACAAUUGCAAAUGGGCCUUCGCGCGUUUAUGCUCCUUGCUUCGAAAGUAUGGAGUUGUGUUUGUUAUAUGUUUAAGAAGCAAUACCGAGCGUUGGCUCAAUACCAAUCUGUCAAGUAUGAGGUGUACCCACUGUCCCCAGUAUCUAGACAUAGGCUGAGUCUAGUAAAGAGAAAGAUGCUGGUCCUAGACCUGGAUGAGACGCUAAUCCAUUCGCACCACGACGCGAUGCUGCGGCCAACGGUGAAGCCAGGAACGCCGCCAGACUUCGUGUUGAAGGUCACCAUAGACAAGCAUCCUGUCAGGUUCUUUGUGCACAAGCGGCCGCACGUCGACUACUUUCUUGAUAUAGUGUCGCAGUGGUACGAGCUGGUGGUUUUCACGGCCUCGAUGGAGAUAUACGGCGCGGCGGUCGCCGAUAAGCUGGACAACGGGCGCGGUAUACUGCGCCGCCGGUUUUAUAGACAACAUUGCACAGCCGAGCACGGCUCCUACACCAAGAAUCUGUCGUCGAUAUGCGACGACCUGAACAGGGUGUUCAUAUUGGACAACUCGCCCGGGGCCUACCGGGACUUUCCAGACAACGCGAUACCAAUAAAAUCGUGGUUCUCGGACCCGCUGGACUCGGCGCUGCUCAACCUGCUGCCGGUGCUGGACGCGCUGCGCUUCACGCACGACGUGCGCUCCGUGCUGUCGCGCAACCUGCACCUGCACCGGCUGUGGUAGCGUGCAGGUGAAUCGGCUUUUGUACAAAAUGGGCCUCGCACGGUCUGGCCCGGAACUAUUUAUUAUUUCACUCGUUAAAAGAUACGCCGUUCGCCGCUUAUUCAAAUAUACAUAUAGAUUUAAAUGUAGUUCAAUACGUUUGUUUAAGUUUUUUUGUGUUUUUCGUACUUGAAAAGUGAACGCUUAUACAUUAUGUAUAUUCGUAUAUCUAAUAAUGUUAGGAUACAAGCGAUUAAUACGAGAGUUUCAUACAAAUAUUGUUUUUAUGUUAUAUUACUUCUCAAUUGUUAAUAGCAACUUCUUAUGAUUAAAAAAAUCGUAUUGAGUGAAAUAGCGAAUAUUUCUUUCUGACAUUGCUUCACCACAGUAAACGCCAUCUACUGGCUGUAUGUUGUAAUUAUUUAAAAAUUGCUUUCUAUUGUAAUCCUUAAUUUUAGUAAAUAUUGAUUGACAUUACAAAAAAAAUCUAUAUCGCAAAUAGGCAAUGUAUUUCUCAUGCUUAUCCCUAUGCGAAAGGGCUUAAAUUGCAUAUUUGAGAUUUUGUAGUAUUCCUAUAUUUACAACAAAACCUUUUUACUUUAUUUUGUUACCUUACAAGUAAAUACACUAUAGUGACUAUUGGCAGAUCUUACCUAAUAAUUUAUUUACAUACAAGAUAUAUACAGUGGUACUACUAAACAAAAUUAAUAACUAGAUUAAAUUUAAAAUAGGCCCCUGAGGCAUUGUACCAAGUAUGCUGGCGGCAUUUCCUCGCUGUAUCGCAAUGCUGAUGCGUUGUGCGAGGUAGCCGUCAACACUUCGGUCACCAAUUACGUCAACCAGACGCUUCGCGAUUUCUGCGGACACCUUGUGCGCGCAACCUAAUAAUUACCAUCCACGGUAACGAAUAUAGGUAAGGGUUGUAUUCCACCUGUCCAAUUUCUUAGUUUAAUGUGUAUUUACGUAUCACAUUUUACUUAGUAAGAGAGUGAGAUGUAAUGACAUUGGAUCAAGACAUUGAAGUGGAAAAUAAUUUCGUUAGUACGAAACAGUACGAACACAAUUACGACACAUUUAGAUUUUACCUCUUUUCUUUCGUAAUAAGAUUCGAGUUACUAUUUAAAUGUGUCAUAGUCUACUUAAUUACUAGAAAUUAGACAAUAUUUGUAUGAAAUAUUAUUAUUUGUUAAGUAUGUGUCUCGCUCUAUAUUGAUGUGAAAGAGUGAGAAACCCAGUUUUAGAAACCUGAAAUAACUAUCAGAGUAACCCACCUUAACUUAUGAUCGCUAGUUUUUUUUAUAGUCAAGCACCUCACUCAGAUUAAUCAUCGAUUUGUAAUAGCAAUUACUCGAUUUAAAAUGUUUAAUAUUUGCAAUUUUAUACGCCAAUUUCUGUGACGUUAAAUAUGUAAUAACCUUUUUGUCGUGUCACAUCCACUCACCCUAAUACACAGAUUAAAUAACGCUACAGAAGAUACACCACUCUCAGCGACUACGGUAAAAAGGUUAAAACGUCAGAAACUGUUUUUAACCUAACGUGAGGUGCUCUGCUCAAAUAUAAUGUAUUGUGUAUUUUAAAAACAUUAUUUUCCAAUUCAAUUAUUAAUAAACUUUAGAAAAUGAUUUGUCUAUAUGUGACGUUCCAUGCCCAAAGUGUCCUUAUGCCCGUGGAGCAUAAAGACCUUUAGUCAUGGACCGUCACAUAUAAUAUUACUUCAGGUUAACUAAUGAAAUCUAAAAAGAAAACUUUAGUUGUUUUCCCAAUCGUAAAUAUAUAUUUUAUUAAUAAUAAAUGUGAAUUAGAAUGGGAUAUGUAUAAUUUCGAAGGAAAUAGUUUUAAAUAGCAAAAUAUUGAUAGGAGCGCGGUCGACUGAAACGACUAGUCAUUAAAUAUUAUUUUCUGGGGAAUAAUGUUUUUAAAAUAUCAACCUUCCAUUCGAGAAAACUGUAAAUAGUAUAAUGUAAACGGUUUCAGUGGUUUGUUCACUUCGGUAUGUUUAAAAAAUGAUCUCUCAUUUUUUUUUAUAAUAGUUUUUAAUCGAAAUUAAUUUUCGUUUUGUACAAACUUUCGAAACCGAAUUUUGAUGACUUUAAAAAUAUUGUGAGGUAGAUUAGUGUUUUUUAAUUGGCAAAUCACUAUGACGAGAACUUCAUUUUGUGUCGCGCCGAGAUUGUGUACCUACCGAUGAAUAUUUUAACAGCAGACCAUAACUUUAUCAAUAGUUUGAUCUUAUCUCACUAAUAAUUGUUUUUUCCCAAAUCUGUUAGUUUACCUAAUCGCAUUCGCCGUCACAUAAAUCAUAAUCUUCGUUUCACUCGGGGACCGGAAAACCCCUUCAUUUGAUUAAUCUUUUCGAUAGGGUAACCCUAUGAAAUGGUUAUCCUAUCAUUGUGUUGGCCAGAGUUUAAAACUAACUUGAUCGUUCUAAAACGCUUGGUAGUUUCCCUGUUAAGGCCUUUUUUGAUAUGGUUAAAAUUGACUAUUGAUUUGGUUACCCUUUUGUUCGGGUAAAUUAACCAUGUGGUUUUCGAACUGAUACGGUUUGUAAAAGCUAUUCUAUCAAAUACCUUAUCCAAUACCCCUUUAUUGGUAACCGGUCCCGUUCUCUGAGCCCUGGACCCACUCGUAUUUACAUGCUUGCUGGUAAAAGACAAAUCACAAAUAGGGAACAAAUCAAUUUAUUCUACAGUACAUAUGAUCCUACUUUCCCUCACUAGUGCGGGAAAGAGCACUUUCCGUGCGUAUGUCAAAAGUUUAAAGGGCCAUAUGUACUGUAAAACGUUAUACGAUACACGUGCGAAUCUGUAAUUCGCCAGUAGUGUCGAUUUAAAACACUCCCUUCAGUACAUGACAAAAAACAUACAACUAAGGCUUACAAAUAAAAAUUAAAACUAUAAAUUUAAGAAAACAAACCGCUCCCUGCCGUUCCCGGUGCAAAGGUGCCCAUGAUGCUCGCAGCAUUUCCACGCUGGAUCACCACGGACAGCCUUUGCACAAGGAACGACUCGGAGCGGGGACCCUCCCCUUUCUGUCUGAGUCGACGUCCCAAAUCACGAGUGAAGCGUUUCGCGUCGGCAGACCAGCAACCCGUUCAGUUGUGUUUUAAUUUAUCGCCACUCGUUUCGAAUUUCCUCUUUUCCGCACUUGUAACGUAAAUAACUAUUGUUUUGUGUUUUAAUAGUCACACUACUACCUAUGUAUAAAAUAAAGACUGUCAAAAAAUCAUCACUUGCGGUUAGAAUGUUAAUGAAUUGUUAAAAUAAUUAUCCAUCGGUAUAACAGUCGAAAUUAUCUGAGUUAACUUUUGACAAAAUAAUCCAUUUAAAUAUCAACGUUCCUAUCCAAGCAAGAAGAUGCAAACUAAAAUGAUUAAGUUUGUAUAAGUCCAGUGAAUUUUUAGUUCUAGAUAAUUUCAACUGCACAUUCUCGGGUCACAUGUUGUGAGACAGGAUUAUGACAAUAGGGUAUUAUGCUACUUAAAUCAUGUACAAAGUAUGCAGGCUCAGUUCUGAUAAUAAGGUAUGGAUAAUGAAAUAAUCACUUUAGUUGUUAUUAAACGCCCAACCGAAUUAAAGUUAUUGUACAGAAAUCAUACAAAUAGAAAUAUAACAAUGCAAUUAAGCUUUACUAUGAUAACAAUAAAAAAAAACUUAUAAUUUAAUGCGAAUCCGGUAUUUUUUUCAGCCUGUAUCAGCCGAUAUUGAUAAGUGAGAUUUCCAUUGGUUGAAUCGUCAAAAUCGGCCCUGUAGUUUGUAAUACACCGCGGUGUGGAAUACACGUAAGAACACAGGUCUAGAAUGAAAGCGUAAACGCCAUUUUAGAACUGUAAUAAGUACAUAAACUAGUAGGCUCUAAUCAUGUAUACGUAACCCUUCGCGUAGAUGAGUAAAAUAAGAGUUAGACCACUUACGAGAAGACCUUAUACUGUAGAAACAAUUAAGGGUGUUGGCAUAUCUAUGAGACAUUUUAGUGAGACAUGAGAUUAUCUGAAAAACAACUAUAUCAUUAAAGUAAAACUGGAUUCCCAAAAUGUUGAGGCGUUUCUUUUUAUAGUCAAGAAAUAAAUUAAUCCAAAAAUUGUUUAACUCUCGGGAAGGCUCGACCCAAAAACUUUGAGCUUUAAAUAAGACGGACUAAAAAAAUGGCACCGAAAUCUGUUUAUAUGUAAGCUUAUUGCAGUCGUAAAAUUAACACCGACCUACCUAUAUACCGACAUGUCUUCAUUUAAUUGCAUGUGUCAUCUUAGUGCAAUUUUACGUUUAUAAUUGUAUUGAUAUGAGACCGAGCUACGACAAAAACAUAAUAAGUGCACAUGUCACUGGACGGUAUCUGUGUCCUUCAUUAUUGUCAUUUGGUAAUAGUACAUUGUGCAAUAUGGGGCGUAAGUUGAAUAUUGCAAACGAGAGUAAGUUAAAUCGCGACGGCUUGCCGGAACGAUUUAUAGACUCGAGUUUGCAAUAUUAUUACGCCCCGAGUUACACACAAUGUUUUUCAUCACACUUGCGAUACAAAAAUUAAGUAUAAAGACACAAAACUGUUAAUUAUGGCACUAGAAACUUCAUAACUCCCUAGGGAGAACGCUUUUUCUAUAACUCCCGCUAAACCUGCGUGAUAUUCCACAUCUACUGGGCGAGUGUGAUGCAAACCGUAUUACAAUAAGGUUUACAAAAGGAUAAUCAAAAAGUAGUGAGAAGAAAAGAGCGUACUCCUCUUCUUAAUUUCCGGCAACGCACUUGCAACCCCUCUGGUGCUGCAGGUGUCCAUGGGCGACGGUAAUUGCUUACCAUCAGGCGAUUUGUCUGAUUAUUUGCCUCCUAUAUGUCAUAAAAUGGGCACACGUAUACUUUCAAAUAUAUAAUUGUCGCGUUCAUACCUAUACGUUAUUUAAUAGGUAGGUAUAUUUCCAUGUAUAUAUUGUUAUAAGAUUUUAUUAACUGGCGGUUACUUACACUUUUUUUCAUUAUUUGUAUGUAAAUAGUGUAGUGUAGGUGUAAGGCGUUAACGCCAACUUUUAAUAUAAAAUGCAUAACGGUACUAUAAUAUAUGUUUUAACCGCCAGUGUCUCUCAAUUUAAUGGUUCUGCAACGUGUAUGUACCUAAUUGCAAGCGUCCUUAGGCUGCAGUGUCCAUGUACUAAAUGAAACGUUGCUACGUUUUGGUUGCAUCAGUAACGUUAAAUAAAAACGCGGUCCGUAAAAAUAUUUCACGUUUCAUAAUGCAUACUUAUUGGUCAAAAGGUUAAAAAAACUCAUCUGGGAGAGUUUUGGUGACUAAAGUGAUUAUUACCUGAUUUUGUUUACUAUGCAUUGUAAAAUAAAUGGAUGAUGAAGCGAAGCACUGUUCAAAGAAUUAAAUGUUAAUUUUUGAAUGUU